AUGAACAAGUACAGUCGUCAGAUCACUCAGCUUGAUACUGCUGGCGCUGGUCAAGCACAGUUGUAUGCCACGGGUUUAAAUGAUAAUGAUAUGAACAAGGCUCAAGUCGGCAUCACCAGUUUUGGUUAUGACGGUAACCCUUGUAACAUGCAUAUCAACGACUUGGCCGCCAAGGUCAAGGAAGGUGUUUGGAAGGCUGGUCUUGUAGGCGCCCAGUUCAACACCAUUGGUGUCAGUGAUGCCAUGCCAAUGGGCUCAGCCGGAAUGUCUUUCUCUUUGCCCAGCCGUGAUAUUAUUGCCGAUUCCAUCGAAACUGUCAUGAGCGCUCUGUGGUAUGAUGCAAAUGUGUCACUCCCAGGUUGUGACAAGAACAUGCCCGGAUGCAUGAUGGCUAUUGCCCGAUUGAACCGCCCGGCGAUCGUCGUUUAUGGUGGUACAAUGAAACGCGGUCGUGGUACUUUGGGUGCUUGUGCAAACCGUGACCUCGAUAUUGGCAACGCACUUGAAUGCAAUGGUGAAUUCAUUAGUGGCAAGAUCACUGCUGAAGAGCGUCGCGAUAUCAUCCGUAACGCCUGCCCCGGUGCCGGUGCUUGCGGUGGCAUGUUCACCGCCAACACAAUGUCUAGUGCCAUUGAAGCAUUGGGUAUGUCAUUGCCUUACAGCUCUUCCAUCCCCGCCGUAGACCCAGAAAAGAUCAAAGAAUGUCUCCGUGUUGGUCCAGCCAUCCGCAACCUGCUGGAGAAGAACAUCCGCCCACGUGAUAUUUUGACUCCCAAGGCCUUUGAAAACGCAUUGACCGUCAUCAUGGUCCUUGGUGGAUCUACAAACGCUGUCUUGCAUAUGCUGGCCAUGGCCAAGGCUGCCGAGGUUCCUUUGACCAUUGACGAUAUUCAAGCCGUCGCCAGCAAAACGCCACUCCUUGCCGACUUGCGUCCAAGCGGUAAAUACAUCAUGGAAGAUUUGCAUGACAUGGGUGGUACUCCAGCCGUAUUGAAGUUUUUGCUUGAAAACGGUAUGCUUCACGGUGAUUGUAUGACGGUCACUGGCAAAACCAUGGCCGAAAACUUGGCUGAAAUUGAAGGAUUCAAGGAGGGGCAGGAUAUCCUUCGUCCCUUGUCCAACCCCAUUAAGCCAACGGGCCAUUUAACUAUCCUGCGUGGUAACCUUGCUCCCGAUGGCGCUGUUGCCAAGAUUACUGGCAAGGAAGGUCUCUCAUUCACCGGCGAAGCUCGUGUCUUUGACGAGGAAGAAGAAAUCUUCCACGCUCUGGAACAAAAAAGAAUCCCCAAGGGAUCUGUUGUCGUUGUACGGUACCAGGGCCCCAAGGGUGGUCCUGGUAUGCCUGAAAUGCUGAAACCUACUUCCGCUAUUAUGGGCGCUGGUUUGGGCAAGGAUGUUGCCUUGGUCACCGACGGUCGAUUCUCUGGUGCUUCUCACGGUUUCAUUAUUGGCCACGUCUGCCCUGAGGCACAAGUCGGUGGCCCUAUCGCACUUGUGAAGGACGGCGACAAGGUCACUAUUGACGCCACCACUCGUGAUCUCAUUGUACACGUGUCUGACGAAGAAUUGGCCAAGCGCAAGGAGUCAUGGAAGCCUAAGCCGCCCAAGUACACAAAGGGUGCUUUGGCAAGAUAUGCCAUGACCGUCAAGAGUGCCAGUGAAGGUGCUGUUACUGAUGAAUGGUAG